GUGUGUGUGUGUGUGUGUGUGUGUGUGUGUGUGUGUGUGUGUGAGUGUGUGUGUGUGUGGCUGGAUAUACCCCAGCUGCCCCUGUCCAUCACCCCCGCCGGCUCAGAGACAGAAGCAGAGGCACCGUGACGGGGGCACAAGACCCAGAGUGCAUCAGCGUGGUCAGAUUGCACAGGCAGGCCAGCGACACGCACAGCUCAGUCUGCGGGAAACGUCUCAUAAAACACAAGAAAUACGGACAGAAGGGGAGAGAAGACAGGCAGACAAUACGAGGGAUUUGGAACAUGAACCAGACAGGUUGGAUUGAGAGGUAGAGACGCCAGUAUGAAGCUCCUGGGACACAUUCCACUGUUCCAGAUCCUCCUGCUGGCUCAGAGCUGCUCCGGCGCGUCACAACAGAGAGCGCCCAGAAUCACCACGCUUCUUGAGACUGUGGAUGCUUUGCUGGAUCAUAAUGCUACAUUUAUAUGUGAGGUGGAUUCCGACCCGCCUGCAGACAUCUCCUGGACACGCAAUAAUGAGCCAAUCCACUACUAUGAUUCCCGCUACAUCACCAAAGAAAAUGGCCAGAUGUUGAUCAUUCCCCACGUGAAGGACUCCGACAGCGGAGAAUACUGCUGCGUCGCCAACAACUGGAUGGGACAGCCUGCCAAGAGCUGUGGUGCUCUUCAGCUGAAGAUGAAGCCCCAGAUUAAGAGACAUCCAAACAAUAUCACGAUGCUGGUCGACAGCAAGGCGGUGUUGCCCUGCGUGACACUGGGGUACCCCAAACCGGACAUCACCUGGAUUAAGGACGAAGACCUUGUCAAGCUCAGCAACCGUGUGUCCAUUCUUGAGUUCGGGGCGCUGAAGAUUCACAGCAUCAGAAAGGAGGACGCGGGCCAGUACCGCUGUGUGGCCCGAAACAGCUUUGGGAUCGCCUUCUCCAAACCAGUUACCAUAGAAGUACAGGCCCCAGCCAAGAUCCUGAGGGUGCCGAAGGAGAGACGGGUUCCCUUCGGGUCAAAGGUCGCUCUGGAGUGCAACGCCACUGGAAGCCCCACCCCCUCCAUCACCUGGCUGGAGAACGGCAAUACGAUCUCCGAGGCGUCGGUGGAGGAGACGCUGGUGGAGGACGUGGUUCUCUCCGUGCUGCACGUGGAGGUGAAGCAGCCGGCCCUCUACACCUGCCUGGCGACCAACACCCACAGCGGGGGCGCCAACACCGUCAAGGCCACCGCCCGCGUCACCGUCUCCGAAUGGAGGCUGUAUAAAGGCCAGGCAGGCUACUGCAGCACGUACCGCGGGGACGUGUGUCGGGCGGAGGUGAGGAGGGACAUGCUGGUCUUCUUCAACUACUCGCUGCGGAACCCCGAGGACACGCAGGAGGUGCUGGUCCAGAGCGCCUGGGCCGAGCUGGACGCCGUCAGCGCCGCGUGCCGACCCGCCGCCCGCUCCCUCCUCUGCCACCAUUACUACCAGGACUGCAACCCCUCCGGAUACGGGCCCACGCCCAAACCCAUCUGCAGGGAGCACUGUCUGGCUGUGAAGGACCUGUACUGUCAGAGUGACUGGCCCUCCUUGAAGGAGAAGGCCUCCAAAGGGAUGCUCAGUCUGCCUGACUGCAUGUCCCUUCCCAGCCACCGUACCGAGCCAGCAUCCUGCACAGCAGUACCAUUUGUGGGAAUGAAAAAGGACGAAGUAACGACCGCCUGCUUCAGUGACAGAGGGCGCUUUUAUCAGGGCAGUAUCAAUGUCACGUCGUCAGGCAUCCCUUGCCAGAAAUGGAGUCUCCAGGACCCCCACGAUCACAGGCUGUCGGUGGACGUGAUCCCGGAGCUGUGGAAUGCGGAGAACUUCUGCCGUAACCCCGGGGGCGAGAGCGACAUGCCGUGGUGCUACACCACCAGCAGCCGGAUCCGCUGGGAAUACUGCGACGUUCCCAAAUGCGGUGAAGAUGUGCCGAUUAUGACAGUGAAAAAUCCCGAGACGUCUUACCCGCGAACAGUUCCCGUAAGUCCCGGCACGGAGUCCCCUGCGAACCCCAUGAGUAUCAUCAUCAUCGUCUUCGCCAGCUUUGCGCUCACGUUCUUCCUCGCCAUCAUCAUUCUCAUGUGCCGCAGGCACAAGAAAGCCUGGAAGAGUCGUAAAAGGGUGAUGGAGACUCCGGUUCUGACGGCGCUGCCCUCGGAGCUCCUGCUGGACCGGCUGCACCCCAACCCCAUGUACCAGCGCCUCCCCCUGCUGCUCAACUCCAAGCUGCUGAACCUGGAGUACCCGCGCAACAACAUCGAGUACGUGCGCGACAUCGGAGAGGGCGCCUUCGGCAGGGUCUUCCAGGCCAGGGCCCCAGGCCUAUCACCCCUGGAACCCUUCACCAUGGUGGCUGUGAAGAUGCUGAAAGAGGAGGCCUCGGCCGACAUGCAGAACGACUUCCAGAGAGAGGCCGCGCUGAUGGCCGAGUUCGACCACCCCAACAUCGUCCGUCUCCUCGGUGUGUGUGCCGUGGGCAAGCCCAUGUGUCUGAUGUUCGAGUACAUGGCCCACGGGGAUCUGAACGAGUACCUACGGCGCCAGGCCCCGGGUCAGCAGCACCAGAACCAGAGCCUGAGCCAGCCCAGCCUGGCGGCCCGGAGCCUGUCCUCGGAGACGACGGAGACGGACGCGUGCCCGCUGAGCUGUCUGGACCAGCUCUACAUCUCCGAGCAGGUGGCGGCCGGCAUGGCCUACCUCUCGGAGCGCAAGUUCGUGCACCGCGACCUGGCCACGCGCAACUGCCUGGUGGGCGAGGGCAUGGAGGUGAAGAUCGCCGACUUCGGCCUGUCGCGGAACAUCUACUCGGCGGACUACUACAAGGCCAACGAGAACGACGCCAUCCCCAUCCGCUGGAUGCCGCCCGAGUCCAUCUUCUACAACCGCUACACCAGCGAGUCGGACGUGUGGGCGUACGGCGUGGUGCUGUGGGAGAUCUUCUCGCACGGCAUGCAGCCGUACUACGGCAUGGCGCACGAGGAGGUCAUCUACUACGUGCGCGACGGCAACAUCUUGGCGCGGCCCGGCGACGACUGCCCCGCCGAGCUGUACAACCUGAUGCGCCUGUGCUGGAGCACGCACCCCACCGACCGGCCCAGCUUCCCCAGCAUCCACCGCAUCCUGGAACGCAUGCACGAGACCGUGGCCCAGCCAGAGGAGGAGGAGGAGCCCUGAUGAGGGACCCCCCCAGGGGGUAAGGGGGGCAC